GUGACAUUCUUCGUGAACGGACGACAAUUUUUCGCGAUGCGCGGCGUAUUUUUGUUGAUUUUUUGUUAUUUUUCGAUAGUUUUUGCUUCGUCAGAUGUGAUAAUCAACACAAAUUUGGGCUCCGUUCGUGGAAAAGAGCUUCGAACGUGGAAAAAUUCUCAAUUUUACGGCUUCCGUGGCAUUCGGUAUGGAAAACCGCCUGUUGAUGACUUGAGAUUUAAGCCUCCUGUCCCUGUCGAGCCAUGGAAUGAGACUUUUGAUGCUACCGAAGACGGUCCAAUGUGCCCACAACCGAAUAAAACUCGCGAGGAAUACUCUGAAGACUGUUUACGAUUGAAUAUUUACAUGAAACAGCUGCCAUGCAACCAGAAUCGGACAGAAAAUUGCUCAAAUUCGUUGAAAUCUGUGCUUUUUUACAUUCCGGGUGGCGGAUAUUACGUCGGAUCGGGCGUCAGUUCGGAUUAUGGAGGUCCAUAUUACUUGCUCGAGCACGAUAUUGUCCUCGUAACGAUCAACUAUCGUCUCGGCUUGCUCGGUUUCAUGAAUAUGGCGACGAAAGAAUAUCCCGGAAAUGCCGCUUUCAAAGAUCAAGUCGUGGCGAUGCGAUUUGUACGUGACCAUAUCACGAAUUUCGGCGGAGAUCCGAGUAAAGUGACGUUAAUUAGCAAUUCCGCGGGUUCUUUUUCGACGGCAUUGCAUCUUGUCUCGCCCAUGUCACGUGGGCUGUUUCAUCAAUUAAUUAUGGCGAGCGGCGGAUACGACGGAAAACAACCUUUUGCAUCAGAACAAUCGGAAGUCGCGAAAAAACAAGCAGAACUCUUCGGAUGCAACACGUGGAACGUCAAUGAAACUCUUUCUUGUUUGAAAUCCAAGCCAACAGACGAUUACGUUGAUACCGUUUACAAAUCCAUGUUCUACGGACUUGCUCCAUGGUCUCCAGUUGUGGAGAAAGAUUUCGGGCAGGAACGUUUUUUGGUCGAGCAACCCUUGGAAUCCUUCGAAAAAGGCAAUUAUGCAAAAGUUUCGUUGAUCGCGGGCGUCACAAGAGACGAACUUGUGGAAAAUGCCGUCCCGAUUGUACAAAAUCCUCUUCAUUCGCUCGUUUUUGACCUUGGAUGGUAUUUUGUGGUGCCUCGGGUCUUUGGAUACGAAAGCUGGACCUUCCGUUCGUUCAACAUCUCGGGAGAAUUGAGAAAGUUUUACGGUGUUCCGUCUCCGAUAAGAGCUGAUAAUGCUUUGGUUCCGCUGAGUCAGUUGAUUUCUGACGGCGGCGUUGGAUUCGGAACCCACAGAAUCGCAAAAUUCAUGGAAAAGUACAAACCAGUCUAUCAAUACAUGUUCAGCUACGUUGGCCGUUACUCUUAUUUAUAUUAUCCGGAUGACAAACCAUAUGGCGCUGAGCAUGCUGACGACAUGAUCUACCUCUUUUGCCGAAAUCGCGUCGCUCCAUUAUUCAACGAAACGGAUCCCGAAGCGCCAAUCAUCGAAUACCUCACUCGCCUAUACACAAAUUUCGUGAAAACCGGAAAUCCCAACGACUCGAAUGAUAAAUUCCUGCAAAAUGUCACAUGGAGCGCGCUAAGUGACACAAAUCGACAAUACUUGAACAUUGACUCCGAGUUGCUAAUUGAAAGUGACAUGUUUAAGGAUCGAUAUGAAUUGUGGGACAAGUUGUUUCCCGCUAAAUACCCUGUCCUUGACAAGCAGUGAAAAAAUAACACAAAAGAGGAAAACAUGCUUUUUAAUCGUUUUAACCACUUUUGAAUGACAUGGACAAUAAAUUUUGAGGAUUGAAGGAUUAAAAAUUUUGUAGUGACGCACUCUUGACGUGUCGACAAUUGUAUCGAUUGGGCAUGUAAAUGGUUUCGGAUUAUAAUUUACUGCCAUUAAAUUUUGAAAGGGUCAAAACUGCAACAGAAGCAAAAAAAAACGAUUAAAUUUUCAUGAUAUAACAAUUUAUUUUAAUAAUUAUUUAAUUAAUCAAUAAUAGUUUCAAUUUAUUUUUAAAUUUAAUUU